AUGCCUCGCGGACUGAUGAUCAAGCGUAGGAGAGGUGUGAGCGCUGUGUCGUACCGCGUGCGGAUAGAAGAGGAGGAUGCGCCGCGCGUCACGCACGCGCCUGAAGUUUUCCCACUUUUCUCUCUCCCGCUGCGCGCACAGACGGCUCCGCGUGCGCCCCCAGUGCCGUUUGGAAUCCCCGAGGCCCUGCACCCGCUGCACAGUCCCACGCGCCCCGUGAGCCGCGAGCACAAGCGGCGCUUCAGCCCCUUGACCCCGGAGUCUUUCAGCGCACGCGCCGCGCUCCCGGAGCCGGAGUCAGGAGACGCGCCUGAAAUCACCUCCACGCGCACAGACUCAAGGGCCAAGCGCACGCGCCUGGAGGAGCGGAAAAAGAAGACACCUGCGCGGAGACUUCAGGUGCGCGAUGACGUCACUACGUCCCCGGUGCUUGGGCUGAAGAUUAAAAAGGCGGCACCGGAGCCGCGGGCGCAGGCGCCUGUCGCGGGGCUCCUAUGUCAGCUCUGCCGCGAGACCUUCCCGGAACCGCUGGCGCUCGCGCAACACCGGUGCUCGCACAUAGUGCGCGUGGAGUACCGCUGCGACUGCGGCAAAGCGUUCAGCUGCAGCGCUAACCUGGCCUCUCACCGCCGCUGGCACCAGCCCCGCGUACACGCGCACAGCGACUCGGACUCUGCCGAGGACGCGCCUCACGAGUGCGCGCGCUGCGGGAAACGCUUCAAAAGACUCGCGUCUAUGCGCAAGCACGAGGCGCGGCACGAGGACGCGGCACCCAUCAAUCUGAGCGCGUGCCAUAGAGCCGCGGUCAGAGGGCACGCGCCGGUUCACCUGCACGCGCUCAGCACAUGAGUCCUGACCAAGACCCUGGACCAAGACCCUGGACCAAGACC